AUGGUCGACAUAAAUCCCGCGGCCCUCAGUCGGCCAUCCGUCAACAUCUCGACUCCUAUUCUAGCUACCAAAUCCAUCAAUGUUUCCGUUCCUCCAUUACAAAAACCAAAGACAAGCCAACUCAUCCCGGCCCGCAUCGACCUCGAACCUAUAUAUACUGCUCUCAGGGCAAACAUUGGUCUAGAACAAUGGACGGUCUACAAGGAAGCCGUUGGCAACUUUCUGCUUGGUCGCCUCAACCAAGCCGAGCUCAGCGCGCGCAUCGACCCAAUAUUGGCCUCUCCCGAUGGUACCAAAGAGCACCUUCAUAACCAGCUCAUCGCUGCUAUAUACGGAAAUGUCACUCGAGAAAUGCCUGACCAGGGCCUUGCGCCUUGGGUCAGCGCAAACGAUAAACCCUCAACCAACACGUCGAACAAGCCAGUGUCGGGUGAUGCCGCCGAAAGACGGUUGAAGGGAGAGGUCAUGCAACUUCCCAGCAGGGACAGAAGACGUAUCAAAGACCUCGCCCACAACGACUUCGACCCCUACGAGUCACUCUCUAGCGUGUUCAUUGACCACUCCAGAAACAAGUCUAUCAAGACUGCCGAGGUACCAGCAAGUGCCGCAGGAGGUCUCAGCCGGAUGAACUACGAUCUAGAAAUCAGGAAACGAUAUGCACAGCCGCUGGCCGUCGAGUCCGGAGAGUUCCCCGAUGUCAGCAACAUCGAGGCCAAAAUGCUUCCCAUAUGCUACGAGGCCGGCCUCUCGGGCGGACACGCGCCAGAAGCCGCCCAGUUCAUGUCGAUAGCCACGGAAACGUUCAUCAAGCAGGUCAUGUCCUCGAUAUUCAGCCGAACGAGGAGUAACGGCCCCGGAGACUCUGGUAACGCCGGUUUCGGAGCGGGUAACGCUUGGAUUCAAACACACAAGUACCGACGCAAGUUGCAGAAGGAAGAAGAGGCUUUUCAGAGGGGCGAGGUAACACGCGAUAAGAGCGGCCUGUUGCCCGUGGAAGCUAAAGCCGCCAGCGAGCGUGGGCCUCUAGGCAUGGCGGAUUUCCGCAUAGCGCUGGAGAUGGGUGACUGCGGACUAGCCAACUUUCCCAUUGUCGCCAAGUCGGUCAUCUACGAUUACCGGGAAGGGGAGCUCGAAAACUGGGACGAUCACACGUACAUUGACGGGCGGGAAGUACGACCGACUAGCGACGGAGAUGUGGAGAUGGGUGGAAUGGCGGCCAACGGCAAACCAGAUGGGCCAUUACCCAAUGGCGUCAAUCACGAGGAUGCUAUGGAACUUGACAACGACGAUGAUGAUAUGCCUUGGGAAGGCGCAGGCUCGGAGGACGGGGACUUUCUCAACAGCGUUUUGGAUACAUGCCUCGCCGUGGGCUAA